GCUGGCACCAUCUCGCCUGUGCCCGGUGCCUCCUCCCGCUGCUGCCUGCUACUGCCAGCUGCUAGAUCAGCCCACCCCUCUAACAGGCGGCUCUGCCUCCUCGUCCUGCCGUCACCGGUCGCAGCUGCUGCCCUGGCGGUCUCCUCUUUCCUCUCACAAUUUCAUGACCAGCGGCAGUACCCCUACCCCACAUCGAGCAGAGAUUCGGUUGGGAGCUCAAGCACGAGUACAGUGGCAGAAACUUAUUUGGUUAGCCUUAUUUGAUUCAUGUGGAGAGAAGCACAACGGCAGCAAAUAUGACUAUUAUGAUCUCUGAACCUUUGGACCAUGGUGUCAUGCUAUCAUCUAAGUUUGCUUGAGUUAAGUCACAAUGCUUGCUUGGUAGGAUGUGAAAUCUUUAUUUGCUUAACCUUAUUUGAUUAUGUGGAGAGAACAACAUCGAUAAUUAUCCUAUGAAAAUCUUUGGUUUCUCUUUCUUUAAAUAACUACUAUAUAUACAAACGUAUCCAUGUUUUUGAGAAAUUGCCAUGUGACAGUAUCCCCGUAUCGCGUAUCCGUGAUUCCUAGAUGAUAACAAAGUUCCCAAUGCAGACACAUCAUUCCCUGAGCAGUACAAGAUAAAGUUCAUGGCAAGAAUUAUGGGAUAAAAGAAAUAUUUGUGUGCAUAUUUGAAAUGAAAUUUUUCGCUGUUUCGCUUUGAUUUCAUCCCAGAAUUUAGCAGUGUGCACUGUGGAUAAUGUUUUUGUAUACCAGCGUAAAUCCUCAAAUCUCUUGUAACUCUAAUGCAGUUGAUCGGUCCAAACAAAGCAGAUGGCUACAUCAGAACCUGUACAGAAAAGCUCGAUGCUGGAACCCAGUAAGCCUCGGGUCCUCCUUGCUGCCUCAGGAAGUGUAGCUGCUAUAAAAUUCGAGAGCCUUUGUCGUAGCUUCUCAGAGUGGGCGGAAGUCCGAGCUGUUGUCACCAAAUCAUCAUUGCACUUUAUUGAUAGAUCAUCUCUACCUAGUGACGUCGUUCUUUACACUGAUGAUGAUGAAUGGUCUAGCUGGAAGAAGAUAGGUGACGAGGUUCUACACAUAGAACUGCGCAAGUGGGCUGAUAUUAUGGUGAUUGCUCCUUUAUCAGCAAAUACUCUGGCCAAGAUUGCUGGUGGGUUAUGUGACAACCUCCUGACAUGCAUAGUGAGAGCAUGGGACUACAGUAAACCACUAUUUGUUGCCCCAGCUAUGAACACCUUCAUGUGGAACAACCCGUUCACAGGGCGCCAUAUUGAGAUAAUCAACCAACUGGGCAUUACUUUGAUCCCACCCAUUACGAAAAAGCUGGCCUGUGGGGAUUACGGAAAUGGGGCAAUGGCUGAACCUUCAAAGAUCCAUUCAACCGUGAUGCUUGCCUGCAAGAAGCAGCCAUUUGGUGCAUGCAACACUCUUGUGAUUCCUUCCAGUAGCGCCGCCCCUGCCUAGCUGAUGCAGUGUUCGAUAUGUUCAAGUGUUAAAAGCUUAGGGCUUCAGUUUCUAUGCCGCCGGGUAGAAGAAAUGAAGAUUGUGGUGUUUAUCAGCAAUCAGCAAUGAUGUACUGUAUUAACCGACAUGUAGUAGCUAUGGAUCAGCAUAUUCGUGAGGUGUUAGGGCAUAGAGGUUUGAGAAGUGUUUGUUGUUCCAGUCAAUAAAUAUUCUUGUUCUCCCUGUCAUGUUAGCGCUGAUGAACCUAUGUACCUUUGUAGUUCUAAAUUUACUGCAAUCAUUUGGAAAUUUCCCCAAUGGGGAUCUCAUCAAACAA